CCUCAGGGAGGUGUAGUACGUGAAUUAAUUACAAAGAGAACGAGGACUUGACAACCUGACAUUAUUUAAUUUCAUUUCAACUGUAGUGUUCUCGGUAAUAUGAGGUUCAGUCAAAGUAUGGGUUAGAUACUGUAGUGUUUGACCAGUAGUGGUGCUGUGAAUGACUGAGGGAUAAGACCGGGAUAGAGUCCUAAAACUUCCAACAAUCGAUGAUGGAGUUACAAUUUACUUUAACAGCACUUUUCGUUUUCGUUUUCUUCUUGGAGAUAAGUGCUUAUACUCCUAACGCAUGCACAAGAUGUCAGAAUACUAAUACUUGCAAGCCGCCAAAUUGUGUAUGUUGUUCGAAUGAUAUGCCUUUGCCAUACAAGGAAAUUCCUCAAAUGGUAUUCUUUACUUUUGACGAUGCAAUUACUCCUCACGUUGCAGGAUUCUAUAGACAGUUAUUUGAUUCAAGUCGUAGAAAUCCCAAUGGAUGCCCGGUUUCCAUGACAUUGUUUAUCUCACAUUCCAAUACUGUUUACAGUUUAGUAAGAGAAUUUUACCAAAAAGGAUUUGAGAUUGCUUCUCAUAGUGUAUCACAUGGACAUCCUAAAACGUCAACAUUUAAAGACGAAGCACUGAAACAAAAACAGAAUUUAGCAAGAAUGGCGAGAAUUCCACAUACAAGAAUCAAGGGAUGGAGAAGCCCAUUUCUUGAACCACUCGGAGAUGCUCAACCACACAUGCUUCAUGAACUAGGAUACUCUUAUGAUGCAACGCUUACAAUAAGCAAAAAGACAUUAAAAGAGAAGCCACCGGUUCCGUUUACUUUGGAUUAUGGAUGGCCGUACGACUGCAAGAUUAAACCGUGUCCGCGAAAACAGCAUAGGGGAUUCUGGGAAGUUCCUGUUAUUUCUUUGAUGGAUUAUUUACAAAGGUUUGAUUGUGUAUAUGUUGAUGGAUGUAAUAAUCCUCCACCGGACGAGGAAGCGGCAUUUCGUUUUUUGUGGGAUAAUUUCCAGAGUUACUACAAGACAAACAAAGCACCAUUUGGUAUUAAUAUGCACGCGUCGUGGUUCUUUUAUCCCGACAGGCUGAAGGCUAUGGACCGAUUUAUACGUGAAUUGACACGUUUAGAUGAUGUGUACGUUGUUUCUGUAAAACAAGUUAUAGAAUGGCUGAGGAAUCCGGUUAAACUUCAAGAUGCUAGCAGUUUUGGACCUUGGAGUUGUAAUAAUGCAAACGGUAAUGGAACAGGAAGUCAGACUGCAUUUGAUCUAAGGAAUAAACAAAUAGAACAAAGAUUACAAGAACUGCGACAUGAAAGAUACGUGAAACAGGAAACUGAUUUCUUACAAAAACAUCACACUUGGAACAUGCAGCAAGCUGCUAAAAAAGCUGCAACUGCAAAACUUUCCAAAUAUCCAAAUUACCAACAAAGAACUCCACAAACACGAUUUUACGCACAACAGCAUCCGAUAGUGUCGUCUGGUCGAACAUCAUCAGCAAUGACAUGGCAGCAAAUGCUUGUGGCACAUUCAAGAAAACAACACGCCCAAUCGAGACCAAGGUAUUUACAACAGUCCCACCGACCAGGAUUCUCGCCAAGAGUAGGUAUAAACCUAAAUGUACCUCAAGUACGUCCUCCGCCUGCUCCAAAGCGUAUGAUUAGGCCAGUUAGUACAAACAGCGAUCCUAGACGAAAACAAAUCAUGCUCAAAGAACGAAAGCGAAUCCGUGAACAACAAAGAAUCGCGGCAGAAAAUCGAUUAAAACAAACAGUAAAGCGACAGGAUGCUAACUCAAAUGUACCAACAACUAUUGUUAGUAGUGUUUCAGACUCUAAAUCAAAUAUAAUUGUCAGUAAUGUACCAAGAAAACAUUUUCAAACGAGAACAAACAUUAAUAUGAAUAAUGAAAGACGUGUGCUUGCUCCAAGGAAUAACGUAAUUUUGAACCCAGCCAAACAUAUACAGAUACAAAACGGAGUAUCAAAGCCAGGUAAUUAUGUAAAUGUACCAACGAGGCAGCAAUUAUCUAGAAGGCAAAUGACGUUGAACGAAGAAAUAAAAAGUGUUCCAAAGAUUGUAGAAACUGUUAUAAGCAAACCUAGUUUACAUGAUAGUGUGCAAACACCUGUGAAACGAGAAAGAAUUAAACCAAAACCAUCACCCAAGAAAUCUGUGCAAUCUGUAGUCUCGCCAGUUACUGAGAAACCAAAGAAAAAAUAUUAUAGUGCACCGAAUGUACAGAUGAUCGGUGGAUCAUGGAACUUAUUCAAUAUGAAAAAUUCAGACAUGAAAAUUCCAUGGAGAAGUUGGAUUACUGAAACUCGUAAAGAUAGAAUAAUUGAAAACAAAACAAGAGUCCAAGCAACAAUUAUAAAUUCUGAUGUGAAAAUUGAAGACAAAAAUUUAAAGAAAACAAAAACACAACAAAUGAUGUCACCAAAAGAGUGGAAGAAUGACACGUUACAAACGGAAAUACUUUCUACUAAAGCACCAAGUAUAAGUAGAACUAUAAAACCAAUAAAUUCGUCAAAGGCUAACAUGAAAGUUGUCGAAAAUAUAGUAAAACCGGAUAUAAAUUUGACACAUUCUGGACAAGAAACGUCAACUCCGGCGUUAAACAAUUGUCAACAAAAUGUUAAUUGUUUUUUACCUAACUGUUUAUGCAUGACAAACAAAAAUCCGUUUGAAAUAAAAAGAAACGAAAUUCCCCAAAUUGUGUACAUCACUUUUGAAGGAGAUAUAAAUUUUCUUUCCUAUUCAAAAAUGAGGUCUUUAUUCAAGUCUCAGAGAAUAAACCCAAAUGGUUGCCCUAUCAGUCCAACCUUUUUUGUUUCCGAAUCAGGAAGUAGUUAUAGUCUUGCGAGAAAUCUUCAACGUUAUGGUACUGAAAUAGCCAUGCAUGGCUCAAAAACCCAUUACAUGGACAAGGCUUCACUUACAUCUGACAUUGACAAGCAAAUACAAAACUUUGUACAACGGAUUGGAAAUCAGGGAAGGUCAUUUACUGGAUGGAGAAGUCCUGAUUUGAAAAUUCUCGGUGAUGAACAGUUUGAAUUUUUCAAAAACAAAUCUAUUUACGAUUCUUCCUUAGUUCUCGAUCGGUCAAUGAAAGCUUUCCCAUUUACUCUGGAUUUUGGUUUGGAAAAACACUGUAAAGAUAUGAAUGCGUGUGAACUGAAUGGACAUCAAGGAAUUUGGGAAGUUCCCAUCAUUCCUCUUUUUGGAUUUAACCAAUCUGAACCUUGCUUGUAUGCCGAUGAAUGUUCCAGUCAGCCAACCAACACCGAAGAGACUUACCAGUACUUGUUAAAGAACUUUGAAAAAUACUAUCAUAACAACCGAGCACCAUUUGGGUUACAUUUAAAGCAAAACUGGUUUCAUUGGUCGUCUAGUAAAAAUUUGGCCGGACUGAGUAAAUUUCUUGAUACCAUUCUGGAAUAUAAUGAUGUUUAUAUUGUGACUAUAUCAGAUAUGAUAGAAUGGUUUAAAAAACCUACAAAAAUUUCAGAUAUAUCAAAAACCAAUAUAUGGAAUUGUUAAUGUAUAUGUUCCAAAUGUAUAUCGGAUAUCUAGAGCUUUAAUUGAGUUUUGAAAGGUGCAUUGAAAAUAUGAUUUAUGCGCCCCCCCCCCCCCCUAUCAAACAUUGCUGACCUUAUGCUUUCUUGGACAAUCAAAUCAAAAACUGUAUAUUAUGCUGUUUUAAUCCUAUCUCUAUUGUUUUACGACAAAACUUAUUCAUUAUUUAAACAUGGACACCAUAUCAAUUCCAUAAAGCAGUACUGAUAAACUUCAAUCAAAAAGAAACAAAAAAUAUAUCUGUGAUAACAAUUUUCAUCAGUCAUUAUUUGUGUCCAAUAAAUAUUUAUAUAAAUUGGCUUAUGUAUAAUAAAAAGGGCAUAUCAAACUGAA